AUUCUUUUCUGUUGAAUUGCUUUGAGAUUCGAAAAAAAGUUCUAACCAGUUAUUUCUGCCCGUUGAAGGCGAAUAUGGAAUUGAGUAGGUACCUAAACAAGCCAUGAAAUAUUCUGCAUAUCUAGACCUAACGUCUUUACUUAAGCCGCCCGCCCAUUUCAAAUUUUUUUGAAAUACGCAUAAUUAUCAAACGAUCGCUUCCUGUCAACGUUCAUUUCACUACUGUCUCCUCAUAUUUGACUUUCGUAAAGCAUUUCGGUGCAUUUAAGCCUUGUCUUCGGUAACAUUUCUGCAUUCAAUGUCCUUCAUUCCAGAAGCCCAAACAUGGAAAUCUAACUUAUUCUAGAUUUUAGGCAUUCAAUGCUGAGGAAGAUUUACAGAUCCUCAGUUGUUUCGCUAGAAAAGUAGUCUUCUUUUUUUUAUUUGGGUUUUUGGGCACUGUAAGUGUAAAUCAUGUUUGGCUUCUAAAGUCAAAUUUCUCUUCUACCCUCAAAUCUAUUGAGAGGAAAACCAGGCCCAAAUAUUAUGGGUAGCUGCAUAAGCAAGAAGGGUGCUAAAAAAAAGCAGCGAGAGCAUGAUUCCACGGAGCCCACUAAAGAUUGCAAGGCCUCGUUAACACCCUCGCCUGUUUCUAAGCCUUCGGAGGAAGAAAAGCCUGUUGCAGACGAUGUGGAGGCCGUCAAAGAAAUUGUCACAGACACAUCCACUGUCAAGAAGCCUACUGCUGAAGAAGUUGAGAUAGCCGAGAAGCCGUCAGUAGUAGAUCCGUUGAAAGAUGCUUCUGCAACUAAGAAGAAGCCUGAGCGCUCAAACAGUUUGAAAAAGAAAGGCUCUUUCAAGAAAGAAGAAGCGUCUCAGCCUUCAGAUGGACUGGCAAGGACAUCAAGCGCGAAGGAAGACGUUGACGCCAUUCUUAUCCAGUGCGGGAGGCUCAGCAGAAGCUCAUCAGGGAAAGCAUCAAAUGACAACAGCAACAAUGUCGCCCGUCAAUACUCAGGAUCGAAGCGUCAGGCUGAAGAUGAAGUAGAGGAGAAAACUCGCGCAAGGCCAUCACACAGGCGGUCAGCAAGCAGAGAGCUGACACCGCGAUCGACGAGUCUUGACGGCUCCAGCAAACGUCUAACGGGGCGACGCGUCAGCCCGUCGCCCGGCCGGCGGCCGGAGCCAUCUCCUGGAAGGCGGUCAGAAAACUCGACCGAAAGGUCCCGGGUUCGAAACACGGCAGGCGCAGGGGUUUCGAAACGACCUGCGAAGAGAGGUUCGAAUUCAGGCGAGAUUGGGAAUUGUAGCGCACCGACAACGACGUCGCGGUCUCGAUCCCCGGCGCCUAGGAUCGACGGCGCUUUAGGACUUCCUCAGUCGCUCAGCCGGAGCUCCUCCAGAAAAGCAGAGCAGAGCCCUUUCCGACGGAAUCCUGAAGAGCCGAUGCAAAAUGAUGAAGAAUCCGGCAAAAUUGUUUCUUCUGCUACUACACAGGAUGAAAAUGUCCCUGGUAAAAAAGAGAGAAGAGUGGCUUUAAAGGAGAUUAAUGGAAAUUCGAGCUCUAUACGUGAUCAGCUGCUUUCUUGCAGAGGAGCCCCGACUUUAAAAACAGCACACCAAGCUAAGUCUUCGCAUGAAGAAGCUGUAGCUGCAAAAUCCAGUAGCCACAAACGGAAUGGAGAAAAGGAAGUGCUUGAGGUUUAUGCAGACGAUCAAACUAACGGGGCCGUUGACGUCGACGAAGUUUUGGCGCAAAUCUCACGCUCAAGAUCUGCGAGGAGAUCGCGGGAUCAAUUCCUGCUAGACAACCAGACGCUCUUCGAAGCCUCAGGGGAAACAGAGCUAAAAAGCUUUGCACUUCCAGCUUCAGUGUCAAAAGCUCACUCAAUUCUGGAAGCCGUUGCUGAUCUAAAUUCUUCUGUAAACUCCAACUCUUCAAUGAAAAGCUUGGUGUCUAACGUCUCCUUCGAACACGGGAAAUCUGCAAGAUUUCUAGCAAGCUAUGAGGAGACUGAAAAGAGUGAAAUGUUGAGGGAUUUUCACAGAAAUAUGUCUGCACGCAACUCAAAUGCGGACUGGACAGAGCAAGGUCAAGAAGAAUCUGCCGGAAGCAAUUCGCAAACCCUAAGCAGAUUAUCAGCAGCAAAAACGCACCGAUACUUUUCCUCCGAAGAAGAUGAUUUAACAUCCUUCGAAGCUUCGGCUAAAACUGCUGCAAAAACUGAAGAAAAGGAUGACGAUUCAAAGAGUUCAAGCUCUUUGAGGCAGAGCAGUGCAAGGUACUUCAAUAUAUCUCCUGAAGACGUGCUUUUGAACCCUCAUUUGGGUAUCAAGAAAAGCGAAGAAAGUUCCAGCCGCUCAAACUUGUUGCCUGUGAUAACUUUGGGGAAAAAGGAUUUCCACUACAACAAAAGAGCAAGUAAUUUGCAAAAUGGAAGGACAUUUUCGGAAGUGCCGAAGCAAAAUCAUCCAAAUUAUAAUGCUGACAUUGAUUUCAAAACUGGUUCACGACCAGCUUCUGAUCUCGCUUGUUCCAGGGGAAACUUCAACACUUCUUCCGAGCAAUGACACCAAGUCAGAGGAACAGCAGCAUCAACAUGUAACCUUGUCUCCAGCCGAAAUACUGUACUUCUUAGAAAAUGCAGAGAAAUGAAAAAGAUUGCCAUCCAUAGUGUUUCAGCAUUGCCAUCCUCUGAAUCUUCUUUUGAGUUCAAGAAUAAGUCGAUCCACUCCAUCCAACUUGAAGGAAUUGAACUCAUUGAUUCUCACAGCCGAGGAAAUUGCAGAGAUUUGGGAGACUUCUGAGAGCCGACAUCAUUCGAGUUCUCAGUGAACAAUUGAUUUUCCAGUUGUUUCAAGUUUCCAUGGCCAAGAGGGAGACUGAUCAGAGCAAAAUCUCAUUGCAAUAGAGCAGGCAACGUAAUUUCUGCUAAACUUCACUGUAUUCUUUCUGAUGUGAAUUCGAUGGAUCUUUGUUGUAUUUUUGUGAGAAAUUGGAUAGGUAGAUUAUGAUGUAAUUAUUUGUUAUUCACUCUUCCAUAUGGUUUAAGCAUCAUUAUCAAUUACAAAAUGCAAACCAAACAAAAUCUACUCGUCUUUUCACCAUUCCGAAAA